GACAGUUAGAUAUUUUACUUAGUCGUAGUGGUUUUUUCAGUUAAAGCGCUGGUUUACAUUAAAGCCGUUUUUUGAAAUUUAUAUAUCCAGCAGAGUUUCUAGUUAUUCUAAUUGUGAAAAAGAAAAAAAUUUAUAUAUACACGCUUAAUGUAAAACUAGGUAUUAUUGUGAGGAAUCAAAGAAGCUGGAAAGCAGGCGGUCCAGUUCAGAUUUAAAUAAGUUCAUUGACUUUGCAUUCACGCAAAUCUUCGAGUAAUUUAUUCGAAAUAAAUGCGCCCCUAUAGCCAAAAUGUUUUUUUUCUUGUUGUGGCCAUAAUUGGUUUUGGAAAGAGGCCACUGAAAUCUAGAAGAGGAGCCCUUGGAUCAUGGGUUGACCUCAUUUUUUUUAAAAAUUUGGCAUAGGUAUUCAUGUGCCAUAUUAUCGUACACCUCGAACGUUUCUAUAGCGAGGAGCUUAACUCUGCGUAUGGAAACGUCAAAGGCUUGACGGGAUUCAGGCAGUCUUGUCUUCCUCAGUUUCUGUGUUUUUUUUCCCUUUGGCUUGCGUUGCUAUAUCAAUGAUUGACUGAAAAUCUCCCUUCAAAAUUUAACCAUAAUAAUGUUUGUUGUUCUUCUUGAAGGUUUUGGUUGCCCAAGGCAAGGAGCCGCCAUGUUUUACAAGAUUAUUUGAAGGAAAGAUGGUUGUUCAUUCAGGGAGGUAAGUUCUUUACGAUCGACCGAAAUAAUUAUUAUUAUUGAUUUGAACAAGUGUGGAAAGUGCCUUGUUGCAGGAUGUUAAGAACGUUUUUUUUUUUAUUUUACUUCACAGGAGAGACUGUGAAGAUGAAACAGGUAUGGAUACUGGGUUACGGUUUGAUGAUCGUUAAACGAAAGUUAGGUCGUUUAAUAUUUACAAAAAGUUUCCGGAAAAUUCGGUUGGACAGUAAAUUGAACACUACUUUUUGGGUCGUUCCAUCCGAAAAUUUCCCGCAGGAACAAAACAUCUGAAGAGGUAGUCCUUUUUAAAACGGAAAUUCGUGUUCCCUCUCUUGAAAAUAAUCUUUGAUACCAGUUUUAGGUCUUCGCGUCCGUUUUUGGGUAAAUGGAACUGAAUUGUACAAAUGGUAGAAGCGAUUCCGGGACGAAAUUUAGUCGUGCAUUUUGUCUACCAUUAGCCCAAACCGUGAACUGACCUGUUUGCAAUGCAAAUGGUAAACAACCCUUGUUUUUGCGACUCUACAGCUAGCAUGCGACUCCUCUCACAGUUCAAGCACGAGAACUUUGCAAUUCGCUUCAUCCAGCUGAUUUAAGCUAAAGACAAGACCGACUACUAGUACUAAGAGCGGGCGAAUACGUAAACCAGCAAAGCGCAUUUCGCAAUAAGACGUAAAUGUUAACAACAACGAGAAUAACGUGGCGAAUAUUAAUCUUCCUCUAUUUAUGUCUGUACAAAAUAAUAUUUAAGAAGAAUCAUUACCACUUUUCUGUCACUCUACCAGGAGAUGGAGCAUUAUUUAUUGUAAGAAAUGAAGAACCAGAAGAAGCUUAUUUAUUAGAGAUCCCAGCGAGGUGAAGUAGAUGCUUGUUUCGUUAUUUUGUCGCUCUUGCAUUUUCUUCUUUCAAACGCAUGUGCUUAUUUUUUGACGCACGUGCAAAGUUUUUCAUGCGCACGUGUCGUAGUGUUGGUUUUGAUGCACGUUGCUUUUAACGCACGUGCCAAGUGCCAGAUUGUUGCUUUAAACGGGAUCUGCAGAUAGUUGGAAAUUUGUUUUAAACAUUAUUUUGUUUAGAAUGCCUUAUUUACACUAACAUGUUAUCCUUGACUAGGUUUCCUCGCCAAUGUAAACGGAGAAUAAAGCAAAAAAUUCUUGGAAAACAAACGUCUCUCUUCGAGCCGUUUUAAGUGCUUAAAGCGCAUUCUUUUGUUUGUUUGUUUGUUUCUUUUUUGGGGGUGGGGGGGGGGGAGGGGGGGGCCAUGGUUACUACUAGGACGUAAGAAGUCUUUCUUGAUGUUUUAUACUUAUUCUUUAUUUUUUUAAAUACCAUUUAUUUCACUUAGACCUAUCUUUUAUUAAUUUUUUCUUUUCCAGUUCGUCUUGCUUGAGAUCAAGAACAUCAUUCGUGGUAGCAGAUAAAAAGAAAGCUAUACUUUAUGUCUGGCACGGCUGUCAAUCUCAUUCCACUGUGAAAACACUGGCGGUUAAUGCCACAAAAAGACUUAAAAAAUGGUAAGAUACUUAAUUUGUCAUCACUUGCUUCCAAGGAAACAAGUGCAACUGAUCCCAGAUCUGUCAAGCCUGAAUUUUUAGGGGUCUUUUUCAACCGCUUAGGUCGUUCAUUCAACUGCGAUGAUCAUGUUUACUUUUAUAUCUUUAUCCGCAGUUCAAAAUAUGAGUCAUUUCAUUUAUUUCAAUUCACAGGAGUUGAUCUCGAAAAACCUGUGGCCCAAAGUUUUCUUUGCAGUCCGUUUCCAUGAUCCUCGCCAUCGAGAAACAAUGAUAAACCUACAAAUUGACAAAAAUGUCGAAGUACAAAAAGGUUUAAGCAGUGAUCUAAAUAAUUUCUUAUUUUUUGGCUAUAACAUUGAAAUAACUAACUGAAAUUUCGAAGUAUAAGGUCUUUUAAUACUGACAAUUUGCUACGUUAUUUUCAGAAAAUGUCUAAUUAGUUAAGAAAAUUCAAAAUUAUAAUUCCUGUAUCGUCAAGAAAUGACAUGAUUUGUAGCAACACCGACUUGACUCUCUUUUUUUUAUCAAAAAUUUGAUUGACAUUUUACAGUAACCGAAAUCGCUGUAACAAUGCCAAAAGACAAAGUACUAGAAAGUCACCAGUUUACUUCAGAACUAGAGUUCUCUUAACGGGCACUCUCGUAAGCGGACAGUUCUACUUACGGCUGCCUUCACAAGACCCCGUUUUACUUAACUCCCAUACAAACUCUGUAUUUCUUCAUUCUCGUAAGGGGCCAGCUGCACUUACGGACACCUUUCUCGCGUCCCGAGGGUCGUCCCGAGGGUGUCCACCUACAAGAGCUUCCACUAUAUUGUUUUAAUAUCCUUUGGUCUUUCCACAGGUUUAGUAAGCAGUACUCAAAAGAUUACAAAGCCAAGGAAGUUUCUGAAGGCGGAGAAACCAAAGACUUUUGGAAUGUUCUUGGAGGAAAGGCGAACUUUAUGUCACUUAGUGAAGGUGAGUGUUGCGAUGCCUUACAAAAGGUCAUUCCUCCCGUCGUGCAUUAGCUGCUGCGUGGGAAAUGACGAAACGCGCGACAGUUUUUUUUAGUGUUAUAUUCUGUGAGUGUUCGCGUGUCUUGUUACUUCCGUGGCGGAGGUGGCUUUAUUUUUAGUCUCUCAGGUCGUCUUGACGAGCAAAAGGAACGUAGCGAGCAAAGGAGGGCUAAAGAGGUUGUAACAUUGGGCAUACGGAUGCAUUCUUACAUAGCAAACUUUUCAACUGGAAAAAAACUGGGAGUUUCGUUUCCCUCUCUCUCCAAAGUUCAAGAUGGCGGCACAGAUAUUGCCCGUGAAUAGCCUGAGAUUGAGAAAUCCUUGUCAAAAUUCGAAAAGGGACCACGCUUUUCCACCGGAAAAGUUUCCAACGGGAAAGAAGACUUUCUUUUCAAAGCCUUCCACUUAUUCCUGGGAGUUUUCCAGCGAACCUCCCGAAAAGUGUUUGCUUCAUGGUAAACGAAUUUCUUGGUAAAUGAAUAUCGCCCACAGAUCCUUUCUGUCCUUUUUUACUAGUUUUGAGUUGGUGUGCGAAUACGAUUCCGCCUUUUUUGUUUGUGAACUGGACGUAAUCCUACAAGUUGACUUUCCUGAAUAGAUUACUGUUUGCUAUGCUUAACGGCUAACAGAGUAGGAAUUUACAAGCCAGCGUCUUCUGUCCCUCUGAGAAUUAGGCAAAUCAUUUUGCUUGUAUCGGGCAAUGUUGUGAAUAUCAUUCGGUUUUUUUGUCUUCUUAGAUUCUAAGAAACACGAUUACACGUUGCGCGUUUUCAACCUGAAGAGCACCAGUGGGUCCUUUGAAGCAACGGAGGUGCUAAACCCCGCGAGAUCUGAGCAUAUCACGCCUUAUCCAAUUCUUCAGUCUCAGCUAUAUUCAGCAGAUCAACCAGGUAAGCUGGAACUUCUCCGGCUGGGAAUGAAGAGCUUCUUCUCCCCCGCUGCCUUCUUCCAACAGCAGUUACCGCUAUUUCCUUGUACAGGAUGUAAUUUCGGUUUACAAGGUGGCGCUUUAAUUCUCUCCCUCCUUUUUUGUUUGCUUGCUUGCUUGUUCGUGUUUAAGACUGUUCGUUCACUUAAAAUGCAAGUACACCCAGGAAAGUGAGUGCUUGCCAGCUGUCAAAAGUGCGUUAGUUCUUUUUAUAAUGAACUACUCAAACAAAAUUUGCGUCGUUUGUUUAAAAUGAAGUUGUCAUUGCUGUCUUUAGGGGCAUAGAUAAAGAAAAGUUCGUAAUGUUUGCUGCACUCUUCCCAAAAUUCUCCUCAGUUCUGCGAUGAAAAUGCUUUUCGUAAUAAGCCAAUGAUCGUGUUUCGGACGUGUUUCAUCUUCCAACAGUAGAUCAGUGGGUUGAGCGAUGAAUUCCGAAACGACAGGGUCAGAGUGUAAUAAUAUAAAUGUUUUACAGCAGUGUUUGAUACAGACGUGAAGGCAACAGCAAAUGUACUGCACAUAUGUGGCAGAUAGCAAACCUGCACCACGAGACAAACGUAAACUGCCAUGAUGGCAACCUUCCUCAGCCUUGUAACGCUAGCCAUUUGUCCGUUCUGCGAUGCUUGUUGUAGCUGCUGCACUUGAAUUUGGUUUAGGUGGCGACGCACCGAGAAAUAAAUUCGGACACUGAAGAAAGUCGCAGCAAUGACACAUGCAAGUACUGUAAUGCCAAAAACCACGGGCAUACUCUGUCGGAUCCACAGCCUCGUCAACGAAAACAGUCCGCUUAAUACCCAAAUUGAGACGACAACAGCAACAACUCGCUUGUGUGUCACAAGUUCUUGAUAUCUAAGGUAAUAUUGAAUGGCUAUAAAUCUAUCAGCACAGAGAACAAUGACGAGAAACAGCCUCGCGAAAGUAAAUAAAUUCAUCGGAAGGAGAAACGCAAUAUGCAUGGCAUUAUAAGUCUUACUAGUUUCAUUAUUUUCGUUCAAGUUCGUAGAGAUAAGAUCUACCACCGUCAUUGGCUGAGCUAGUAAACCAACACCAAGGUCAGAAACAGCCAGACUUAGGAGCAAUGUUUUUAAAUUCUUUGACAAGGACGGAGUUUUUCUUAUGGCGUGGAUUGUAACAAUGUUUAACAUGGUGGCGGUGUAGGAUAAAAAUGCAUUUAAAAGGCAAACUAGGAGAUACGAGGAAUCCAUUUGUUGUCCUUUUUGGAUUUUUGCUGAAGCCAGUUCAAUUCCUAUCAGGUGAUGCAAGAGUUUGAUCUUUUAUGAAUUCAGUAGAGUUAGUUUCGUGGACUUCUUCUACCGGAGCUUCGAAGCAGAUUGACUUAUUUUUAGAAUUUCACGACUUUCAAUAAGUUAUCCUUUGAUAAGUACUUUGACUAAAUUCCUUUUUAACUGGGCCACUAUGAAACAUUUCAUCUUAACACAACGACGCAGCAACUAAUCAUUAAGUAUUACUGGUCUAAGUGUCAGAUCUCUUGGUUAUUUUCAAGACAAAUUGUAAAAUCGUAAUGUGUGUUUGUUAGCUUCAUAUCAAUUUAAAAACAGGAGGUUCUUUUAAAAGUAACUUCAACUGAAACACAGGAAACUUGCCCCACCACUUUUCCUGCCUUUGACAGUUAAGUCAUAUUUGAAGGCUUUUUUCUUUAUUGGGGCCACCAUAUGCCCAUAUUGCGUUCGAGUGAACGAAAUGCGAAAAAGGAACUAAACUGUCCUUUACUGUUAUAUAUGCUCCAGAUGCUGUAUUUUAAAAGAACGUCGUAUUCAUUAAAAUUUACUGCAAAAUGACAUGUUUCUUAUUAGUUGGGACUAAAAGCGGUUGAUUGAUAUUUUAGAAAAAAACUGUUCCUCGUUAGUCUUUUAGCCCAUUUAAUUUUGAUGAAUAUGUUAAGGCUUAAUGCCUUUAUGCCUUUAUGUUAAAGUUUUUGGCGUUAACAUACGGGCUUCACAGUCCCUAUUGAAGGAGCUACAAAGUGUUUCGUCUCUUUAAAGGUGGUGAAAUUUUUUAUAUUUUCCACACGUCCUAAAAAUGAUAUUUAGUUAACAGUAGGUUUUAAAUAACCAGCUCGGAAAAUUUUAGCUGUUUAAUUUACAUAUGAUAUGGUUUCCUAACUCUUUCAUUAAAUUGUGUUGUAUUUGCAAUUUGCAAUAUCGACGACAUAAACUAUUAGUGAACAAUUUUCGUUGGCUUUGCACCCAACUGUUUAACCGGCGCAAGCGGACUUGUUACAAAGUGUUUCGUCUGUUUAAAGGUGGUGAAAUUUUUUAUAUAUUCCACACGUCCUAAAAAUCAUAUUUAGUUAACAGUAGGUUUUAAAUAACCAGCUCGGAAAAUUUUAGCUGUUUAAUUUACAUAUCAUACGGUUUCCCAACUCUUUCAUUAAAUUGUGUUGUAUUUUCAAUUUGCAAUAGCGACAACAUAAACUAUUAGUGGACAAUUUUCGUUGGCUCUGCACCCAACCAUUAAACGCAAGCGGACUUAUGAACUAUUUCUUUUGUUGUUGUUGUUGUUGUUGUUGUUGUUGUUGUUGAGGUGAAAUUCAUUUGCUACCCAAUUCUAAUUCUACUCUGAAACUGGGAACAAGGUUUGUGAUUGGCUGAGAAAACAUUAGGGAUGGUGACAUAACAAUGCUUCUAUCCCUGAAAACAACAGGGAGUGCAUGUUAUAGGGACCAAUGAAAUAAGAGCUUUGGAAGGGUGCUGGUCAAUAGGGAAAAUAGCACCAACAAUUCAUAUUUAGGUGAGAACGCGUUAUUUUCACGAAUUCCCUCUCUGCUUCAGGAUCCUGUUGGAAGCUAUUUCAGACCUUUCUAGGUCAGAAUGGAAGUGAAAAUAUAGUAACAGUAAUUAAUAAAGCUUGUAAACCGCGAAAAGCGUUAAGGUUCCAGAAUCGAACGAAACUAUCAUGAAAAUGAAUAGCGCGCAAGACAGCUGUUAAAUUUCAGCCUGCUAGAAAGCUCUCCAUUUAUGGUGAGCGAAGCGUGUCGUGAGAGAACGCGCCUCUCACCCCGCCCCUCGCACUAGCGUCACCUUACGCGCGCUGCUCUCGCGUGAUUUUUCGCGACUCCCCCAAAAUAGAGAGCUUUCUCGCAGGCUAGUUGAAGUUUGAUGUUCUCGUUUCUGGGGAAAGUUUCAACAUGUCUUUAGACGGAGGUAAAGGGUGGUUUCGUUUCUGCGGCCGUGGUUUUUUCUUUUCAUUAUUAUCCUCGAUGAAAUGUUGCUUAAUGAAAUAAAAAUAACAUAAAAAAUACUGCAGAACAAUACAAAAUACCAAAACGGAUUUCACAAUACAUACAUGUAUGUUUUUUGCGACGAAAACAGUUAAACCAUAAAAUUUUAGGGGCUCUAAACGUGAACAGUUUCAGGGAAGUUUUUUAUCAUACGUUCCCCACCUUUUAUAAAGAAUAAUCUCGUGCACUUUAGAUGUUUUAAAUGUUUUAUUUGGGUAUGAAUUCCGCUUACGCUUCAGUGAGAAAAGGGUUCAUGUGAAACCUCUUAUAUGUUAACGUUAAAUAUCAGUGUGUUAUUACCGGGGCCUAGCCGAAGGCUGGCACCGGUCAUAAAAUGCAACGCGUUUCUGUGUUUUCAAAGUUACAUUGUUAGGGAUAUAUCGCUGACUAAGAUAUAUCGCUGGCUCGUUACUUUUGGGAGUGUUCGCUGAGAUAUAUCGCUGGUUCAGAAAUUUGAAGUAGGGAGCAACAACUGUAACCAUGUAAAUAUUAAUUCGAUUAGUUUGCACACGGAAUGGUUUAAUGCGACUAUAUUUACCACUUAUCAAUAAAUGAGAUCCCUGUCUAUUGCAAAAUAUUGUUAAAGUAUUCAUCCUAGCGAUGACAAAGCUUGGUCGACGUAGAACUGUGUACACUACGACAAAGCAAAAAUCUUAACUUAUUAAACUUGCAUGCGCCAAGCUUUGUUUAUGCGUUUCAGUACCUUACAAUUCGCACUCCCAACAGGAAACUUCGUCAGAUAUUUUCCGACAAACAACUAAAACUCAUUAGGAGGAAGUCUAUCACUGCUUUGACUUAUGAAGCAACAAAACAAAAUAUUUUCAAAUAACCUUUGUCACGCAAUAUUUACGUUAGCGAGAUGCGCAAAUUCUCAGCUGUUCAAAAUUCGGGAUUCCCUAACAUUUUGCCUUUUCACAUUAUUCAUUACACCUCGUUUUCAUCUCUAAAGAAUAUUUGCAAUAAAAAAGAUUUUCAUGUCGCCCGACAAACUUGUUGAUGAAAACGACCCUUCCACGUGGGUUGCCAAGACAAAAGUGGCCCCGGUAAAAUUCACGAAGUGAUUCUUGUUUUGUUUAGCUUCACCAACAUUUAAAAUGCAAGUAUGACAUAACUAUAUCAUCUCGGUUAAGGUCGAUUUCAACAAAACCUUUGCAACAUGACGGUUUAAACGUUGUUAGGUUUUAACACAGUGAAAAGGUUACGUGGUGAAGAAACUUAAGGCAUUUAGUUCGUACGCUGGCUCACUUUUGCAUCAUUAAGACACUGCGAAAUGCGUCAGUCGCGCCUUUAAACGUUUAUUUUACAAAAGUAAUGAAUUUUUUUCAACUAAGACUUUGCAUAAGGACGUUUAAAAACUGAAUGAUGACAGCGUGGAUUGUGUUAUGGAAAUGACAUGAAGGAAAUUCGCAAAGCAUUUCAGUGUCAUAGCUUCCGUUUCUUACAGACCGUAUAAGGACCAUAUGAGGAUGACCUUAGAAGGCUUUCUUAGUCCUCUGUUCGUCAUAGUUUAUGGUGGAGCUUUCUUUAGGUGGGACUUGAAAAAAGAUUGCGUAGUGUGCCUACAAUAGUGUGCUGGAUGCCUUUCAUCUUCCAACAGUAGAUUAAUGGGUUAAGGGUUGAAUUCGCAAACAACAGGGUCGCUGUAUAAAACUUUAAAAGCUGUAGAUCGAUUGUUGGUUCGGAAUUGUUAGCGAUAAUAAUUAACAUACAAAUAUUAGGCAAAUAGCAAACUAUGAAAACCAGAUACACGUAAAGCGAUGCCAUCGCAGAUUUCCUUUUUCUUUGAACACUUUCUCCUUGAUCAUUCUGCGCUACUUGCUGCACGUGAAUUUGUUUUAUAUGGCGUCUUAUAGUUAGGUAAAGUUUGGCGCUCAGAGAAGUUGCAGUUAUAAUACAGGCAGAUGUAAUAAUGAAGAAACCCACGUACAUGAUAUUUUUUGAGAGGAAUAACCUGCUCAGUGAAAUAAGAGCGCUUAUCACCCAUAUUGAGAUCACGGCAGCAGCAACGCGCUUGUUUGUCACAAGCUCCUGAUACCUGAGGUGAAGGCGAAUUACCAAAAAUCUGUCUGCACAGAGAGCCGUGACGCUAAAUAAUGACGCAGCAGUGAAGAAAUUCGUUCGGAUAAGAAAAGCGAUAUAUAUGGCAUUAUAAGAUUCAUUGGUUUCAUUGUUUUGUUUUGAGUCCACAAGAUCUGCAACAAACAUUGGCUGAACUAGUAAACCAACACCAAGAUCAGAAACAGCUAGGCUCAAGAGCAAUGUUUUUAAAUUUUUGGACAAAGACGAAGUCUUUCUGAUCGCGUAGAUCGCUACAACGUUCAGUAUGGUGGCGCUGUAAGACAAGUACGCGUUUAAUAUGCAAAGCAUGAGAUAUGACCAAUCCAUUUGGUGAACUUUUCGGGCAGUUGCGGCGCUUGAAGCAAGCAAAUUCUUGUCGGACCUUGCAAGCGAUUGUUUUUCAGGAUGAUGUGACCAAACCCACGUCACGGGUUGACUAAAGUUCAGAGAGUUCCAAAACGUUUCGUAAGUUAGACUUCGAUGAAAAGCAGUUUGACUGACGAAAAUGCGUCUUUAACUGAGCUACGAUGAAACUCUUUUCUGAACAUACGAUUACUGAUGAUAGGGCAUUGCUGGUGUGGCAAAACAGAUGUCCUAUGUGUUUUAAAUACUCUUCCGAUAAUUGUCGGACGUAUUUUUGUAAACUGCCAAGCAAUUAGAAAACGGGAGUUUUUGUUCCAAAAUAAAACUUAAACUUAUUCACCGGCAAAAAGAAAUUGCCCAAUCUGUAUUUUCAAUGGGGCCGCUUUAUCGCAGUUUGUGAAGCGAAAUGUUCAGAAAACUCCUGCAAGACUUUCCUUCCGCUCAAUCUGAAUAUGUUAGUGCAAAAAGUAAAGGUGAUGAUCAAAUAGUGGAUCUGACAUCCCUUUUUUGUGUUUACGUCCUCAAUAAAACGUGAAAAUAGGACGUUCCACGUCGUAGUCGUGCAGUGACGGCAAAGAAAUGUACAGAUAGCGUGAUCUACGUUCAAAGUUGUUGUUAUGCCAAUCGAAACCCAUUGCUUUCUUGCCGUUCUUGUUGCCGUCGCCGUCGUCGUUUCUUACGCUCUAUUUUGUUUCACCCGACCGAGCAAAUUGUCGACAGAGCAUGCGAAUUUCUGUCUUCUUGCAGAUGUCCUUCUUGUUUUUUAAACAAUUUUUACAAUUUGUAUAUAGGUCUUCCUAAACUUCAAAACAAUUAGGAAAGAGGAAGUUUUGUCUAACUAAUUAAACUUCAUCUUAAUAACAGGCAAACUUGUCCAACAAUUUUCCCCACCUCUUACAGUUAAGUCAUAAUUAAACAAACGAAAAUGCUUUUUUGUAGUUUUAAUGUUUUUGUUUUUAUCUAUCGAACGCUUCCUAAAAGUCUUGUAAAACUACAUCGACUCUCUUCUGCUCCACCUCAAUCUUGGCAAAUUCUGGUUUAACCUGCGAUCAGCCGGUCCUUCUUCCCUUUUUGUUUGGGAGGCGUCCACCGACUUUCUCUGAAAAAAGAUCGCCUGAUAGCAGAUUCUUUCUUGUUCGAAUCGAGACCACCGUCUUUUUGGAAGCCUUUAAGUAGAAACAUAAAAUCAUAACUGAUUCGAUUUCGGUGAAAUCAAAGGUUUCGUGUACCUUUUUGUGUACCAGUUUUAUUCCCUUCACCCGCGGAGCCAAGUACGAAUUUUAAUAAUUCGCAACUGACCCAUUUUCUCUCUUUUGUUUGUGUUUUUGAGUCUAAAGUUCCCCGUCUCGCAUUUUUAGAAGCCACGGAAAAAAAAAAUUGAAGUUCUGCUCGUGCAGACGCGCAGUCACUGAGUCGUAUAAUCGUGAUCGAGGGAAACAAAAUGGUGACAUCCUUACUAUAUUUAGUUUGAUAACUAUCAUCUUGGUUUACAAGUCUAGGAAAGAUGUUUUAAACCUUUUGUUAUCUCGAGGAUGUUUUCAGCGGGUGUUUUCAUCGUCUCGCUGGCUUUUAUAAGAGCGUGCGUGUGAUUCUACUUUAAUUUCGUCAGCUUACUUCCUUUUCUUACUUUCCUUUUUAUCUGUAGGGGUGGGUGAGGAGGUAACACAAUGCUUUAUCUUUUAUUUAUUGACGGAUUUAUAAAAGUUUUGACAACUUUCGUGUUUCAUUACAAUAUAUAGAUUAUUACUCCGAGGCAAAUUGUUUUUUAAAUCAUUGAUUCUAACGAGAACUACAACAAUCUCUAUUGUUCAUUUUUAUUCUUAUUCUGUUAUAUCUCUCUUUUAUAAUUGUAAGUUUAACAUAACACGAUUUUACAUUUGUUAUUGUUUCUUGUUGUUGUUGUUGUUUUUUCAUAUCGUUUAUAUUUCCAAAUGGAUUGUUUUGAAGCUCUCUUUAGUUUUGCUUCGUAAAUGCAUUUCGUAUAAAGCCAAUGAUCGUCUGUCGGAUCUGUUUCAUUUUCCAGCAGUAGAUCACAGGAUUAAGCGACGAAUUAAGGAACUCCAGUGUCAGAGUGUAAAACUGUAAAUGCUUUAUGCCCAUGCUUGGUCUAGAAGUGAAGGCAAUAGCAAAGAGUAUACAAAUGUUUGGCAGAUAGCAAACUGUUAAAACGAGGCAAACGUAAACUGACAUCAUCGCAAACUUUCUCAUCCUUCGAACGUUAACCAUUUGAGCGUUCUGUGGUGCAUGUUGUAGCUGCAGCACUUGCAUUUCGUUCACGUGAAGUCGCACGGACAAGUAAAUUCUGAUACUGAAGAAAGUGGCAGCUAUAAUACAUGCAAGUUGUGUAAUGCCAAAAACCACGUACAUAAUACUCUUUGGGAUCCACAGCCUCGUGAACGAAAACAGUCCGCUUAAUACCCAAGUUGAGACGACAACAGCAACAACUCGCUUGUGUGUCACAAUUUCUUGAUAUCUAAGAUAAUAAUGAAUGGCUAUAAAUCUCUCUGCACAAAGAACAAUGACGAGAAACAGCGUAGCGAAAAUAAAUAAAUUCGUCGGGAUAAGGAACGCGAUAUAGAUGGCAUUAUACGUUUUACUACUUUCAAUGUUUACCCGUGACUCCAUAAUAAGACGUGCCACAUCCAAAGGUUGCGCCACUAAACCAACACCAAGAUCAGAAACAGCCAGACUAAGGAGCAAUGUUUUUAAAUUCUUUGACAAGGAUGGAGUUUUUCUUAUGGCAUGGAUUGUAACAAUAUUUAGCAUGGUGGCGGUGUAGGAUAAAAAUGCAUUUAAAAGGCAAACUAGGAGAUACGAGGAAUCCAUUUGUUGUCCUUUUUGGAUUUGUGCUGAAGCCAGUUAAAUUCCUAUCAGAUGAUGCAAGAGUUUGAUCUUUUAUGAGUUCAGUAGAAUCAGUUUCGUGGACUUCCUCUACCAGAGUUUCGAAGCGGAUCGACAUAUUUUUAGUACCCCACGACUUUCAAUAGGGUAGCAUUUGAUAAGCAGGUUGACUAAAUUCCUCUUUAACUAGGCCACAGUGAAACAUUUCAUCUUAACACAAUGACGCGGCGACGGAUCAUCAAGUAUUGCUUCAUACCAAUUUAAAAACAGGAAGUUCUGUUUAAAGUAACUUCAACUGAAACACAGGAAACUUGCCCCUCCAUUUUUCCCAGCUUUAACAGUUAAGUGAUAUUUGAAGGUUUUUUUCUUUAUUGGGGCCGUUAUGUGGCUAUAUUGCAUCGAAACGAGCGAAGUGCGAAAAAGGACAAAACUGUCCUUCACCCUUGUGUAUGCUCAAUAUGCUGUAUUUUAAAAGAAAGUUAUUAAAAUUUACUGCAAAAUGACAUGUUCCUUAUUAGUUGGGACAAAAAGCGGUCGAUUGAAAUAUUAAAAAAAAACUCUUCGUCAUUAGUCUGUAUACCCAUUGAAUUUUGAUGAACAUGUUAAGGCUUAAUAACCUUAUAUUUCAAAAUUAAAGACUUCUAGUUUUUGGCGUUAACGUAAGGGCUUCUCAUUUAGAGUUUACAGUCUCUAUUGAAGGAGUUACAAAGUGUUUCGUCUCUUUAAAGGUGGUGAAAUUUUUGAUAUUUUUCACACGUCUAAAAAAUAAUACUUAGCAAAGAGUAGGUUUUCAAUAACCAACUCGGAAAAUUUCAGCUGUUUAAUUUACAUAUCAUAUGGUUCCCUCACUCUUUCAUUAACUUGUGUUGUAUUUGCAAUUUGUACUAUCGACGACAUAAACUAUUAGUGGACAGUUUAUGUUUGGUUUUGCACCCCACCAUUAAACGCAAGCGGAAUUAAGAAGUAUUUCUUUGUUGUUGUUGUUGUUGUUGAGAUGAAAUUCAUUUGCUACUCAAUUCUAUUCUAUUUUACUCCCUGCAGCCUCCGAGCCAAGUAUGAAUUUUGAUAAUUCGAAACUGACCCAUUUCCCCCCAAUUUUUUUUUUGUGUUCUUGAGUCUAGAGUUCCCAUUGGCUGAGUUAGAAAUCCAACACCAAGAUCAGAAACAGCCAGGCUCAAAUGCAAUGUUUUUAAAUUCUUUGACAAGGUCGGAGUUUUUCUUAUCGAGUGGAUUUUUACAAUGUUUAGCAUGGUGGCGGUGUAGGAUAAAAGUGCAUUUCAAAGGCAAACUACGAGAUACGAAGAAUCCAUUUGUUGUCUUUUUGGAAUUUGUGUUGAAGCCAGUUAAAUUCCUAUCAGAUGAUGCAAGAGUUUGAUAUUUUAUGAAUUCAGUAGGAUCAGUUUCGUGGACUUCUUCUACCAGAGCUUCGUUGCGGAUUGACUUAUUUUUAGAACUCCACGACUUUCGAUAGGGUAGCAUUUGAUAAGUACUUUGACUAAAUUCGUCUUUAACUGGGCCCCUAUGAAACAUUUCAUCUCAACACAAUGACGCAAGCAACUAAUCAUUAAGUAUUGCUGGUCAAAGUGUCAGAAUAGAUCUCUUGGUUGUUUUCAAAAUCGCCUUUUUUAUUAGCGUUAUACCAAUUUAACAACAGGAAGUUUUGUUUAAAUUAACUUCAAGUAAAACACAGGAAACUUGCUCCACCGUUUUUCCUACCUUUGACAGUUAAGUCAUAUUUGAAGUUUUUUUUUUCAUUAUUGGGGCCACUAUAUGGCCAUAUCGCGUCCGAGUGAUCGAAAUGCGAAAAAGGACAACUGUCCUUCUCUCUUGUGUAUGCUCCAUAUACUCUAUGUUCAUUAAAAUUUGCUGUAAAAUGGCAUGUUGCGGUCGAAUGAAAUAUUUAAGAAAAAACUUUUCCUCGUUAGUAUUCUAGCCGAUUUAAUUGACAGUAAAAAUAAAACGAUGUAAAAUGAAAGACUUCUAGUUUAUGGCGUUAACAUGAGGGCUUCUCAUUUAGAGUUUUUAGUCCCUAUUGAAGGAGUUACAAACUGUUUUCUUCUCUUAAAGUUAGUGAAAUUUUUGGUAUUUUUCACAAAAUGUAGUGUCUAACAAAAUAAUAUUUAGUUUGCAGAAAGAGGAUAAGAGUAGGCUUUAAAUAACCAACUUGGAAAAUUUCAGCUGUUUAAUUUACAUGUCAUGUGGUUCCCCAAAUCUUUCAUGGAUUUGCGUUGCAUUUGCAAUUUUUAAGCUCGACAGCAAAAACUAUUAGUGGAGAGUUUUUCGUUGGUUUUGCACCCAACCAUUAAACGCAAGCGGUCUUAAAAACUAUUUCUUUUCUUGUUGUUGUUGUUGAGGUGAAAUUCAUUUGCUACCCAAUUCUACUAUGAAACUGGCACCAACAAUUCAUGUUUAGUUGAGAGCGUGUUAUAUUCACGAACUCCCUCUCUGAUUCAGGCUUUUGUUGGAAGCUAUAAUUUCAGACCUUUCUAGGUCAGAAUGGAAGUGAAAAUACAGUAACAAUAAUCAAUAAAGGUUGUAAACCGCGAAAAGCGUUAAGGUUCCACGAUCGAUCGAAAUUGUCAUGAAAAUGAACAGCGCGCAAGACAGCUGUUGAAAUUUAGCCCGCGAGAAAGCAAAGCUAGUCGCCAGAAAACGCGCCUGUCACCCCGCCCCUCGCACCCGCGUUUCCUUACGCGUGCUGCUCUCGCGUGACUUCUCGCGACUCCCCCUAAAUAGAAAGCUUCCUCGCAGGCUAGUUGAAGUUUGAUGUUCUCGUUUCUGGGGAAAUUUUCAGCAUGUCUUUAGACGGAGGUAAAGGUUGGUUUCGUUUCUACGGCCGUUGCUUUUCUUUUCAUUAUUAUCCUGAAUCCUUGGUGAAAUGUUGCUUACUGAAAAAACAAUAAAGAGCACUGCAAAACAAUACAAGAGACCAAGGCGGAUUUGACAAUACAUAUGUUUUUUGAGACGAAAACAGUUAAACCAUAAAAUCUUAAGGGUUCUAAACGUGAACAGUUUUAGAAAAAAGUUUAUUUUUUUUUAUCAUACUUUCUCCCCCUUCUAUCAUUAAGAAUAAUCUCGUAAACUUAAAUUGUAUAGUAAUGACAUAACUAUAUCAUCUUAGUUAAGGUCUAUUUCAGCAAAACCUUUGCUGCAUAACGAAUUAAACGUUGUUAGGUUUUAACACAGUGAAAAGGUUAUAUGAAGAAGAAACUUAAGUCAUUUAGCUCGUAAGCUGGCUCACUCUUGCAUCACUAAGACACUGUGAAGUGCGUCAAUCGCGCUUUUUUAUGUUUCAUUUUACAAAAGUAGUGAAUUUUUUUAACUAAAAGUUUGCAUGAGAACGUUUAAAAACUGAAUGAAGACAGCGUGGAUUGUGUCAUGGAAAUAACAUGUAGGGUAAUUCGCAAAGCAUUUAAGUGGCAUAGCUUCAUUUAGUUACAGACCGUAUAAGGACCGUAUGAGGAUGACCAUAUAAGGCUUUCUUAGUCCUCUGCUCGUCUUAGUUUAAGGUGGAGCUUUCUUUAGGUGAGACUUGACAGAAGAUUUCGAAGUGUGCCUACAAUAGUGUACUGGAUGGGUUUCAUUUUCCAACAGAAGAUUAUUGGAUUAAGGGUCGAAUUAAGAAACAACAGGGUCAGAGUGUAAAAACUCAAAUGUAUUACAUCAAUCCUUGGUUCGGAAAUGGUAGCGAUAGUAAUUAACACACAAAUGUCAGGCAAGUAGCAAGUUAUGAAAACCAGGUACACGUAAAGCGAUGCCAUCGCAGAUGUCCUUUUUCUUUGAACACUGUCUCCUUGGUCAUUUUGGGCUACUUGCGGGACUUGAAUUUGGUUUAUGUGGCGUCUAAUGGUUAGGUAAAGUUUGGCGCUCAGGAGAGUUGCAGUUAUGAUGCAGGCAGAUUCAAUAAUGACGAAACUCACGUACAUAAUUUCCGUUGGGAGGAAUAGCCUGAUCAGUGAAAUAAAUGCACUUAUCACCCAAAUUGAGACCACUACAGUAGCAAGGCGCUUGUAAGUUACAAGUUCCUGGUAUCUGAGGUGAAGCCGAAUUGCCAAAAAUCUGUCUACACAGAGAGCCGUGACGCUAAACAAUGACGCAUGGAUGAAGAAAUUCGUCGGAAUAAGAAACGCGAUAAAUAGGACAUUAUAAGUUUCAUUGGUUGCAUUGUUUUGUUUAGAGUCCAUGAUAUAAGCAACGUGCAUUGGCUGAGCUAGUAAACCAACCCCGAGAUCAGAAACAGCCAGACUCAACAGCAAUGUUUUUAAAUUUUUUGGCAAAGACGAAGUCUUUCUGAUCGCGUAGAUUGCUACAAUGUUCAGCAUGGUGGCGGUGUAAGACAAGUACCCGUUUAAUACGCAAAGCGUGAGAUACGACCAAUCCAUUUGAUGACCUUUUCGGGUAGUUGCGGCGUUUGAAGCAAGCAAAUUCUUGUUGGACCUUGCAAGCGUUUGGUUUUUGCAGGAUGAUCCCACCAAACCCACGUCACGGAUUGAAUAAAGUUCGGAGAGUUCCAAAACGUUUAGUAAGUUAGACUUUGAUGAAAAGCAGUUUGACUGACUAAAAUGCGUCUUUAACUGAGCUACGAUGAAACUCUUUUCUGAACAUACGAAUACUGAUGACAGGGCAUUGCUGGUGUGGCAAAGCAGAUGUCCUUUGUGUUUUUAAGACACUUUAGAUAAUUGUCAGACGUAUUUUGCUAAACUGCUAAGCGAUUAGAAAACGGGAGUUUUUGUUUCAAAUAAAACUUAAACUUAAUCACCGGCAAAAAGAAAUUGUUUACGGCAAUCAGAACUUUCGGUGGGGCCGCUUUAUCGCAUCCUGCGAAGCGAAAUACCUCAGUGUUCAGAAAACUCCUGCAAGGCUUUCCUCCUGCUCUUUUUUUUUUUUUUCUCUUUUGAACCAAAUAGUUUGAAAAGGAAAUGUAACAAAACUGCCCAAAGAUGUAAGUGCAAAAAAUAGAGAUGUUGAUCUCCGACUCGGUCAUAAAAAUAUGAACAAAUAAUGGAUGCGACAUCCCUUUUUUGAUAAUUAUUUUUGUGCUCGAUUUGAUGUUAGUGCAAAAGUAGAGAUAUUGAUCCCUGACUCGGUCAGAAAAAUAUGAACAAAUAAUGGAUGCGACAUCCCUUUUUUGAUAAUUAUUUUUGUGCUCGAUUUGGAAAAUUUCAACUGUUAUAUUUUAUGUUAAUGGUUCUUGACUACUUCACUAAUGUGUUUUUUAAGUUAAAAUUCACCACUGGUAAGAUGGCAUACUGUAUAAGUAAAAGCGGUUGUAUCAAUAAUUUUUGUUAGGGUGUUUAGCAUUUAAUAGCCAUAAGCCCCCAAAUUAACUGGGUGAAUAUCCUUUCCGACUUGCAAUUUGUAAGGUCGAAGAGAGAAUCUGUUAGACAGUGUUGUUUUGCACUACGUCUUUUAACAAAGCGGGCUCAAAACAUUUGGGUCAGUUAUUAAGGCGAAGUUUAACUUAGACCACGGUUUAGCAAACCUUUGGACCUCCAGAUAUAUUCUUUAGUGGGUUAUUUUAGAAGAUAAAUGCUUUUCUAGUGUACGCCAUGUGUCGUCAUGAAACUAGUUACUAUAAAUGAUGUUGAGAUAAAAGCAUUGGGUAAGGUGAAAAUGACUUAGAGCGCGGUUUUGUUUAAAUAACUGGCCCUUUGUGUUUUCUUUGGGUUGCAGUGUUCGCCUUAGUUUCCAUGUCAACUCAUGCUACACUAUAGGGCUAACCGAGCUUUAAUAAACACUCUGUCAUGUAUUAUUUAUCGGUUUUACUUUUUCAGACGGCAUUUUAAAAGACCUUCGAGCUUAAACAUUUCGAAUGAGCCCUUAACUUAAUUCUAUCCGAAUAUUCCAAGUAUAACUGCUAAAAAAAAUUGCCAAAACAGUAUUUGAAUCAAUUAUGAAGAGUUAUAGUUGUUGCAUUCGACGAAGGAGAUCGCUGUCCUAAUUUGCUCUCUUCUGUCGGGAUUCCUCUGUCUGAAAUUCUCUUUGACGCUUUUUUAGGAGUCAGGAAGAGUUUUACUCGCGCAUUCACUAGGCUCCUGAGAGCUGUAGUCGUGAUCCUGAUUGCGGGAAACAAAAUGGCGAAAUCGCAGUCAUGUUUUGUUUUGAUAUUCAUCAUCUUGGUUUUGAAGUGUAGAAAAGACGUUGUUAAAUUUUAGUAAACAGAAUAAUGUUUUGGUCUUCUCACCAGCUUCAUUAGAGUGCGCUUGUAAUUGCGUUCGACGAAGGACAACGCAUACCAUGUGUGUCGCGAUGCUGUUUGAGCGCCAGCUUGUAAUGGCUGGCUGGCUGGCACAGAUGGCCUUCAUCUGUUGUUAUAAUUUUCCGCAAAUGUGAACUGCUAUCUUCUUUGUGUCUCGCUAGUUUUUAAAGAUACGGCGUUGUGUUAGUGAGUUUGUGUUUUAAUUCCUUUCAAAUCACUUUGCCAUUUCAAAAAUAAAGUGAAAGGAAAGUAUAGCCUUGUAUUCGCUUUGGCCCCUUAUCACCGAAACAUAUUGCUUGAAUAUAGGCUUCGGAGCUGUGCUUUCCAGCUAUAUACCGGUAUUUUCUUAUGCUGAACAAUUUUGGUAAUUUCUAAAGUUCAGUUCAGUUUAGUUCAGUUUCAGCUGAUGAAUGUCUGUCGUUGGACGUAGGCCUACCCCAUCGACCUCCACUGGACCAUGCUUUGCGCAACACGAUGCCAGUGUUUACGAAACUAUCUAAAUCGUCCCUCCAUCCCGUCCUUGGUCUUUCUCGGUUCCUUGUGUGUUCCCGGGGCGUCCAGAACGUAAUGCGAAUUGUCGAACGGUUGUCUGUUCUUCUCGCCACAUGACCAGCCCAAUUCCAUUAGAGUUUGCUUAUCGUUUCCAUGAUAUCUCGUACUUUGUUUUUUCUCGACCUUCUAAAGUACUGAGCGUCAGAGGACAACAGCAUAAUUGCGCCAAACUGACGAUUUUUAAUUGAUUCAUAACAUUUUGUCCGCGUAAAGUUUCAAAAUGCUGUGAAAGCCUAAAUUAAUAGAAUUACAAGAAUCAAUUCCUGGUUCUUCCUUUUUAUUAAUUUUUAAGUUUAAUUUAUUCGAUCUCAGAGUUUUAUAUCGCGUGUAUUACUUAUCAGCUAAGAUGUUCUGAAACUUUCCUCAGUUGUGUUUUGAAAAUGCGUCUCGUAAUAAGCCAAUUAUAGUGUGCCGGACGUGUUUCAUCUUCCAACUGUAAAUCAGUGGGUUAAGCGUAGAAUUCAGGAGUUCCAGUGUCACAGUAUAUAACUGAAGAUACGUUAUAACACGUUUAGAUCCAGUAGAGCCGAAGGCAGUAACAAAUAAAGCGCAAAUGUUUGGUAGAUAGCAAACCACCAGAACCAGGCAAACGUAAACUGCCAUAAUCGCAAACUU